UUUUCGUUUUCUGUUGCUCGAGAUAAACGUUAACGAACUUCAGAAGAAACAGAAAACACAUAUCAAGAAAUAUAAUUGUUGAUAAAACGAUCACAAAGAGGAAAAAAGCAAGGAACAGGAAACAAAGAGUACAUUGUAGAACAACCAUCAUGCUGGGAACGCACUCAAGGCUAUCGAUGUUAUCGAUAGUCGCUAUCGAUAGUUUUCCACUUCUACUCGGAAGUCUCGGAACGCACCGGAAUACUUGGAAAUCGGAAUUGCAAGAAUUGCGUCGACUGUUGUUGUUUAUUACGAAAACAAAAUCAAACAAGACUCCAGCCGAUUAUGCCGGCGUGACAUUUAUGAGCAGUACAAACGCGUCAAAUAUCGAUAUCACGAAAUGCCGAGAGAUAUCAGAUCCUAUUUUGCCCCAGUUGCGACUUCACAGAAGAACAGUAAGCCUGUUGCUCCAAGGUCUCAGAAACGGCGGAUCAUUUCCUCCUCAUCAGACGAAGAUGAAGAGAAACCAAAGUCAUCCACGAAACGUUCCAAAGUCGUAAAAAGAAAGAAAUCUUCCAUCCUAUCUGACUCUGAGGAUGAGGAGAAAGUCAGAGAUGAUAAAAAAGAUUCUAGGUACCCUAUAGCAAGUAAGAGAAGCAAAAGCAAGGAGCCAUGCAAAGCGAUACCUGUUACUGAAUUAUUUGGCAAGAAGCCGAUAACAAGAGUAGAAGAAAUAAAAGUAAACCGAAAAUUACAGAAAGUGGAAUCUGAGUUUCAUGAAGAUGAAGAUUUUGAUGCUGUGCUUAAACAAUUGGAUGUAGUACAAGAUACCCUGAUACAGCAUAAACAGAAGGAUAAAAGUAACAUUAAAAAUGUAGAUAGUCCUAAGAAAUCAGAAGCUACAGUUAAGACAGAGGUGGUCUCUAAUAAGAACAGAAAGCAUAGUAAUGGUUUGAAAGAUCUUAAUAGUCAAACUAAUAAUACAUAUGAAUUAAAAUCUGAGGAGGUAAAACAAUCUCCCAAUAAAAAUAAUGUAUAUUCAAAAGUUACAAAUUCCUCUCCAAAACAGAACUUACAAAAAGAGAAAAAAGGUAGCUCGAAUGGAGACUUGGAUAUAAACAGUAAGUAUGAUAUUCUAAUUAUAAAUUAUAACUUGAAUAAUUUAACGUCUAUUUCUGCAGAAAAAGAUAAAGAUAUAAAAAAAUCAUCAAGUAAAAGGAAAGCCAAAAUAAUGGAAGAAAAUUUAUUUGAAGAAAGGAAAGAAACAAAGAAACAGCGUGCUAUAAUGUACGAAAAAUAUCUUCAGAGAGGCGGUGCCAGAAACCCUGGUUCAAAAGAGAUCCCUACAGGUGCCAAAAAUUGUUUAGCCGGAGUAAGUUUCUUGAUUACUGGUGUAUUGGAUUCCUUAGAAAGAAAUGAAGCCGAGGAUUUAAUACAAAAAUAUGGUGGCCGGACCGUAAAUUCUGUAUCAAACAAAGUAAAUUAUAUUAUAGUGGGAGAUGAGGCUGGCCCAGCUAAAUUGGCAAAAGCUAGUGGUUUAGGUAUCAAACAAAUAUCUGAAGAUGAUCUCCUUGAAAUGAUUCGCAUGAGACCGGAAGGUAAAGCAGACAUCAAGCCAGUUAAAGCAAAAUCAUACGUGAAAAAAAUAUUUAGUAAAUUUGAGAGUGAUGAAUCACCGAACAAAACAAAAGCAUUAUUAGAUUCACCUAAGAAGGUAAAAACACCACCAUUUUCACCAGUGAAAACCAGUGUGAAUACGAAAACAUCACCAGCAUCAAAACAGACUUCAGAUGCAAGCAGUAAUACACAGAAAAUAGUAACAAGUAUUGGAUCAGAACUGUUAGUUGAAAAAUAUAAACCCAAAACUAUGAAGCAAAUUAUAGGUCAGCAAGGAGAUAAGAGCUGCGUACGUAAUUUAUACAUAUGGCUACGUGAUUGGCAUCAAAAUCGUCAGAAUUCCAAAUUCAAAAAUAGCACUAGCAAGCAAACUCACGGACAAAGUUUCAAAGCUGCCUUGCUGUCCGGCCCACCGGGCGUUGGUAAAACAACAACUGUACAAGUCGUUUGUAAAGAAUUAGGAUAUGAUCUUGUGGAAUUCAAUGCUUCUGACACGAGAAACAAGACACUUUUGAAAGAAGCGGUCUCAGGAUUAUUAUCCAACACCACAAUGAAAGAUUAUGUCACAGGUACCAAACAAAAAAUUACGAGCAAGCACGUGCUGUUAAUGGAUGAAGUCGACGGUAUGGCUGGUAACGAAGAUCGUGGUGGCUUACAGGAAUUAGUUAAUUUAAUAAAACAUACGGAUGUGCCAGUUAUCUGUAUAUGUAAUGACCGAUUUAAUACGAAGGUGAAAACUAUUUCUACGCACAGCUACGACCUGAAAUAUCCGAAGCUCAGAGUGGAACAGAUCAGGAGUUCUAUGAAGUCUCUGUGCUUUAAAGAGGGCAUCAAGAUCUCAACGGAGGAUCUCGAUCGUUUAAUCGAAACGACGAAUUAUGACAUUCGACAAGUAAUAAACCAUCUGGAGUUUCUCAGCACCCAAAUGACUCACGUGAAGACGACUGAUAAAAAACAUUCGAAUAAGAACUUUAAGCUCGGUCCAUUCGACGUUACAAAAAUAGCAUUCAAUGCGGAGGAGCAAAAAAAUAUGAAUCUGAAUGAUAAGAUCGGUUUAUAUUUCCACGAUUACAAUAUAGCGCCUCUUUUUAUACAAGAAAAUUAUCAGGGAAUUAGAUUAUCUCAAGUAUCACCUCGUCAGAAGCUAGAAAAAAUUGCCAACGCAGCUGAUAGUAUAUCUCAGGGGGACCUUGUCGAGAAGGUGAUGAGAAGUAAUAUGAUGUGGAGUCUACUUCCGUUGCAUGCUUGUUUCUCAUUCGUUAUACCAGCUAGUGAAAUGUCAGGAAGCUCUGACGGGUUGAUACGAUUUCCGAGCUGGUUCGGGCGAAAUUCGAAGACAACAAGGUUUAACCGAUUAUUGCAAGAAUUGACGACGCAUACUCGAUUAGCUACGAGUGCAAACAAGGAUGCCCUGAACAUGGAUUAUUUGCCUUAUAUUCGAAACGCUAUUGUAAAACCUUUGAUAGAUAAUGGUGUAGAUGGUAUAGAAGAGGCGAUAAAUAUUAUGGGAAAGUAUCAUUUAACCAGGGAAGAUUUGGAUUCAGUAAUAGAAAUUUCUCUUUGGCCAGGAAUGUCCGAUUCGACGAGUAAUCUUGAUAGUAAAGUAAAAGCAGCGUUUACACGCGCAUAUCAAAAGAAUCCUCCUAUGCUGCCGUAUGCAAUUAAUAGCACUGCUACAGCAAAGAAAAGAUCUAGACAGGAUAAUGAUGUUAUGGAAGAUGAAGAAGAUGGUGAGGAGGAAGAAACUGACGAUAUUGGUUUGGAUAAGAUGAUCAAGGCAAAAAAACCUACUGUUGCUAGUACUAGCAAAGCUGCUUCAUCGACGAGAAAACGCGGCGAAUCAGCUAAGAAACGUGGAAAGGUACGCGGUAAAGGAAAAUAAGAGACACAAUAGUAAAAGAAGAUAUGCACGUUUUAUGUAGAGAAACUUGAAAUAAAAUUAAUCCAUCACGAGAGAACAUUUGUUCACUACUUGAAUUAAUCGAAGCGUUUAUAUGAUCAUGGAAUGAUUUUUAUACAUUAGAUUUAUUGCAUC